AUGCCUGGAUCCCAGAAAUUUAGUCUGAUAAGAAAGGAACUUAACCGGUCCAAAACAGGGUGCUUUUGCUGUCGAAAGAGAAAGAAAAAGUGUGAUGAAGUUCGUCCCGUAUGUACGGGAUGUCAACGGAACAAUAUCCGAUGUAUUUACCCUUCUACUCCUAAACAGGCCAUGCCUAAAGGCUUUGAGUUAGUCGCUGAACAGUACGAUAAGAACGUGGUAGUUAAGAAGCUUAUUAUGGUAUCAAUGACCAACGAUACACCGGAUAACAGGGGUAGGCUCUCUAUUGUGAAAGAACAUAAUUUUGAUGGUCAAAAGAAUCGAAUAUCAAAUCCACAUCCACAAUCUCCUAUAAAAGUAAAGACAGAAGAUAUACAACAACAAUUUACUCCUACAAAUUGUUUUCUGUCUCCUUUGAAUACAGCAUCGACUACAAGUUUUGAGGAUGCUUUAACUUACCAGCAUAAUGAACCCUUACCAGCUGAAAGUCACUUAAACCAACAAAAUUCUUUGGGACAUCACGAUGGCAUACUUAGUCCUCUGAUGUUCAUAGAUUUGGCCGAUAUCAGAGUUCCAGAUGGCGUAAAUAAUACCGAACCUCAAAGCUCUCAACCAUCAAAUGAUGAAAAAGAUGAUCACGAGACUGAAAUGCUUUUAGACGAGGAAUUAAGCAAUACUGCUUCAAUCGAUGGGGAAAUUUAUACGAAAAGAUUUGAAAACUUAUCCAUGCCAUCGAAUGGUAACACGUUUUCGAAUUCUGCAGUUCAACCCUAUGCUUCUCCUCAUGAUAAAUCAUCCCCAUUAAGUGCCUUUUUAUUGGAUGCUCCAUUGAUUAAUUUCUCCAAGUAUGUACCAAACGUUACGCUUUCUCCAGAGAAUUCGAAGCUUUAUUAUCACUUUCUUAAUGACUUUAUGCCCUCUAUUUCACCCUCCCAUCCCCCCCCCAAAUUGACUGUUUGUGCCCAAUGGUCUGGAAUAGUUGACAAUCCAUUUUUACUUGAGAUCUUUUUAAGUUGUGGGGCAUCGUAUAUGAGUUUCAAGAACCCGAACUUCUCGUCCAUGGCAGAAAAUCGAUAUCGUCGAGCUUUGAGGAUGUUAAGUGAAGUCCUUGAAAAGGGACAAGAUGAAGAUGAAAAUACUGAAACCUCUGGCCAACUCACUCAAAGCUAUGGUAGCAAAUCUUCUUUAAGUGAUCAAGAUUGGGUUUUCCCAGCUAUUCUUACUUUAUUGCUUAGAGAUAGGGCUAUUGGUGCAUCAGGGUCACAAUUAGCUAAGCAUUUGAUAUUUUUGAAUACGUUGUUGAUGAAAAGACUACACAAGAAGAGUGCAGAAAAGGAUUUCACUAUAACUCCAUUGGAGAAAACUAUCUUUGAUUCUUCACUUUUCAAUUAUACAAAUGUCAUUAUGUGUUGUUCUGAACAAGAUUUAGUUCAAUUACCUGAUCCAAGCUCAUUUUAUGGGACCAUCAAUAAAUUUGUUUCUGUCAACAUGUAUAAUGAUAGUGAUUUUAAGUGGGUCUUGAAUCCAGUUACUGGUAGUGCUAUUGAAGAAUUUCAGAUUAUGGGUAAAUUGAUUUGGUUAUUACGUUUACAUCACUGUAUUAGUAAUAAAUCACUGCCCAAUUAUAUCAAGAAUGAAGAUUUCUGGAACAUGGUGAUGCCACUCAAAGAACAAAUUGAAUUGGCAAAAACCAAAUUGAAGAAACUAAUUGGUGAAUGGGAAAAUACACCUGGUGGUGAUAAAAGUUUGAGGGUUAACCUUUCAGUUUCGAAUAUUAUUCUUUCUGGCUGUAUCAUUUUACUAGAGAAGAUUAUAAACCCUUCAUUACCUGCAUAUCUUGAUUUAUUUCAAGAUAGAGUCAAGGGAGUAUUUCAUGAUCUUUUGAAUUAUGUCACUAGUGAUCUGCAUUCAUCUUGUCUUAUUCAUUUGAGUUUAUUUAUUGUAGGAUGUGCUUCAGUUGGUGAUGAGCAAAGAGCAUUUCUUCGGAAUUAUCUUCUUCAAGAUUCCAAGACUCUAAACUCGGUCGCAACAACAAAUAUCUUACAAGUUUUACAAGACUCUUGGGAUCGAGAAAACUUUGAGAAGAAUCUCAAUUUACACGAUGAAAAUUAUCAAUCUUUUGAUCUACUAUUUGAUAGAAGUGCCAUUGAACUUCUUUGCUUCUAG